AGGAAAAAAGUAAAUGAUGAAAAAAGAAACUGUGUAAGAAAAAGAAAAACCGAAAGGGAGCGAGACUCACAUAGAAAUGAAGAAAACAGGCGGCGGCGGUGGAGGCGGAAGCGGAACCGGCGGAACAUCCGGCGACAAAAAGAGGGGUCGACGUUCGUACGUAGACACUGCCACCGACGCCCCUCCUAGGAAGCAAGCUGCGAAAAAGGACAUCUUUCAGAUAUUUGCUGAGAAAGUGAGAGAUCAUAAGGAUCUCGAGUCUAGGUGGGCCAUCUUACAGGAGACAAGAGUUGAAUAUUUUAGAGGAAAAGAUUUCGUUAAAUUUUUGAGUAACCAUCCAGAACUCAAAGAUGUACUUGAAUCAGAUAAGAAUCUAGAGACUGAAGAUAUCGCUAACAUUCUGCUGAGGAAAAAUCUUACAGUGAGAUGUGACCGUGUUGUCAAAACCAUUCGGCCUGGGAAGAGAAAGUUGUCCACUUGGCCAGCACAUUUGGAGAUAUUUUCUGAUCAAGUGUUUUCAGAUAAUGAUGCAUUUUUUGCAUGGACCUUUGUCAAGAGACAGCCUUUGUGGCAAACACUUCUGUCAUUCUCCUGGCCUGUUGUGGCGCUAGCAAUCUGUUUGUUCCCUGUGUAUCCUCACCAGGUCAAGCUGCUUAUACUCUACUUCUGUGCGGGUGUGCUGCUUCUUAUAUUUUGCCUGCUUUUAUUGAGGGCCUUUGUAUUUGGAGCUCUUUGGAUCGUUCUUGGAAAGCGAAUAUGGUUUUUCCCAAACAUUCUCGCAGAGGAAGCAACACUAAAGGAAUUAUUCCAGUUUCUGCCUAAGAAAGAUGAGGGUGAGCGUCCGAAGUGGACAGCUAGGCUAUUUUUUGCAUUAGUGUCUGUGCUGGUAAUUCUGCUACUGAGACACCAUGCGCCUGAUGAAGCUGCUAGGGCGAGGUACCAAAAGAAGGUCUCCAACAUAAUUGACGAUGUACUUGAAUGGUCUCCAAGGCUUGCCCUGUCUGCUAUGAUGGAGAAGCAAACUGUACUGAACACAACUGCUUCUGGAGAAAAUGUAACUGAUGCUAGCAACAUUAGCACCCAAAAUAUAACCCAAGCCAAUGAUGGAGAGGGAGUUAUCCUGCCUGACCAAUAUGAAGAAGAACUCGAACCUGUAGAACACCCAGAUCGCUGACAUUGAAGUUGUUGUUUUAGCAUGUAAGCUGAACAGGAAUGAAAUCUAAAACACAAGAAAUUAACACUUCAUUCUUUCCUUCCGUGUUUUCAGAUUCCGCGUCACUCCGAAUAAUGCUUUAAGAAUUAAUAAGCUGGCGCGACAAUAUAAAAUUACUGUCAUAUAGUAUUGUUCUGUUUAGUUUUGUUAUGACUUAUGAGCAACAAAGGAAGAAAGGUUAAUAUUUAUUCAUCUUAA